AUGCAUUCGCCGCACGUCGCGAGAUUCUUGAUCCUCGUAUUCGGUCUCUCGCGUUUAUCUAAGGCAGCAUUCCACGCACACUGCGGUGCUCCAGGUCCUGCUUUUCUAGUCCCACACCUAGAAGCAGACCGUGUCGAAUUCAGGAAUGCCUGGGAAACAGUUAAUCACGAGCUGGACGACAUCUUCCGCUCGGAGAGCCCUCACCUCCGCUCAGUCUCGGUACAUGUCACGACCCUUGAUCACACCAUCUUUUCUUAUCAUCAGACUGCUGUCGGUUAUGAGAAACCGCAGUGCAAGAAUGUACAGCCCCAUAGUGAGGACGGCAACUUACAUCCUAUCGGCGAAUUGACACAGCUGUUUACGGUCCUGGCGACAUUGCAUGCAAAUCUCGAGGGUCACAUCCCGUCCUUGGACGUCAGCAUCACACGAUUCAUACCACAACUUGAACACACUUCGACGAGUUCCGUAGAUUGGGAUCGUAUCACUUUGAGAUCACUGGCAAGCCAGAUGAGUGGACUUCCCAGAGAAGUCCUCUAUCCUGAUCUCUCCGAUGAUCUGCGUGAACCUUGGAGAUUGGGACUGCCACCUAUAUUAUCUAAUGGGAGAGGUCGAUGUAGCUCUUGCGGGUCUUCUGCUACAGCUUGUACUAUCACUGACCUGUUAGACUGUAUUCGAAUUGAGCAACCCGUGUAUGCUCCCAACACAAGACCUCUAGAGUCAGAAGUGGGCUUUGAGCUGUUGGGGCUGGCUCUUCAAAAUGCUACUGCAAUGUCAUAUGUUGACUACGUUCAAUCUCAAAUUUUCUCCAGACUGAAUAUGGGAAACACUGUAUUCACGAGCUCAGUGGGUUCGACAGCCGGCCUUGCUUGCGUAUCUGGCUCUGAUAAAGUUAAAAUUUUGGAGGUCUCGACUCCCAGCAGUGGCGCUUGCUCUACAACAACCGACUUGGCUAAAUUUCUGCGAUACGUCCUCGGCACCUCCGGCUCCAUAUCUUCAUCAGUGAAUUGGUUUCAUCCUGCCGCUUUCUCUAGAGGCACACAUAACUCGUAUGGUAGUCCGUGGCAGAUCAUCAAGGUUGAUACUCUUCUUCCGUACACAACUCGGGCUAUCGAAAUCAUGGUCAAAAGAAGCAUUCACGCGAACUACUUUUCCAGUUUGGUCGUCAUCCCCGAAUACGGCCUUGGGUGUAUUGUGCUCGCGAAUGGGGACCGCAACCUACUUCAGCUCAUCGAGGACAUUGUCGUUCCUACAGUGGUCAUUGCCGCCGACAGGCAAGUUCAAAAAUCUUUAGGUAUGCGCUAUACUGGUAUUUACGACGUCCCUGAGCCACAGCAUGGUGGCAGCGCACUUCACCACCCUCUUUCCGAAUACACGAUCAACUCGAGCAUAGUCAUCUCUCACUCACUGCCAGCCGCGCUACAAAUCCAUUCUUGGAUUUCAAAUGGAACGGACAUUUUGCAAGCGUUUAAGACUCUAUUUGGAGUCAAGAAUCUUCAGCAAUACACGGCGUACCUCAUUCCUACGUCCCUUUUCAAAGAUGGCGACGCACAGCAAGGCGAAAUAUGGCGCAUUCUGCCUGUUCUGCCAGACAAGUACAGCACAAGUGAACGUCGAUCGGGCAGCGCGCGCGGGGGGAAACCAAGGUUUCGGCUCAGUGACUUCGACUGCAGUUCGGAUUUCGACCAACUUCGGUAUGGAGCAAAGGCAGUAAACGAGGUCAUUUUCUGGAAACACGAAGGUGUACAUGGAAGAGUACGUGCUGUUGAAUUGCCAGCGUUCCAGAUUAGGUUGCGACGAGGACAAACACCCGCCAUGAUGGGGCUGACAGCACAAAUGGCGCUGAAGCAAUCGACAUGA